CACACACACACACACACACACACACACACACACACACACACCACACAAACACACACACGCUCACACACACACGCACACACACACAAGCUCGCUCUCACCCACACCUCCCCGCCUCCAGCCCGCUCAAGGCACUUCUUUCCCGGCAGUGUGCAGCGCGUUGAGACCCCGUCGCUCACCCUGACAGACCGCCGGCGGCCUCACUGUCGCGGGAGGAAGAAGCGCACUAAAAGCACGCUUCAGGAACAGUGGCACUACGUUUCUAAAGUGGACCUAACACCGCCCUACUUUCUGGACAUGGGAGACAUGGGGGACCCGCCGAAAAAAAAGCGGCUCAUGUCCCUGUGUGUGGGAUGUGGGAACCAGAUCCACGACCAGUACAUCCUGCGCGUCUCCCCGGACCUAGAGUGGCACGCGGCCUGUCUGAAGUGCGCGGAGUGUAACCAGUAUCUGGACGAGUCCUGCACGUGUUUUGUCCGAGAUGGGAAAACCUACUGUAAACGGGACUACGUCAGGUUAUACGGGGUAAAGUGCGCUAAAUGCAACAUCGGCUUCAGCAAAAAUGACUUUGUGAUGAGGGCGCGCUCCAAGGUUUACCAUAUCGAGUGUUUCCGGUGUGUGGCCUGCAGCCGGCAGCUCAUCCCGGGGGACGAGUUCGCUCUGCGGGAGGACGGCCUCUUCUGCCGAGCCGACCACGACGUGGUGGAGCGGGCCACGAUGGGCGUCGGGGACCCCCUGAGUCCCCUGCACCCCGCCAGGCCGCUGCAGAUGGCAGCAGAGCCAAUCUCCGCGCGCCAGCCCGCGCUGCGGCCCCACGUGCACAAGCAGCCGGAGAAGACGACGCGCGUGCGGACGGUGCUGAACGAGAAGCAGCUCCACACGCUGCGGACCUGCUACAACGCCAACCCACGGCCCGACGCGCUCAUGAAGGAGCAGCUGGUGGAGAUGACGGGGCUCAGCCCGCGGGUCAUCCGGGUCUGGUUCCAAAACAAGCGCUGCAAGGACAAGAAGAGGAGCAUCCUGAUGAAGCAGCUGCAGCAGCAACAGCCCAACGACAAGACGAACAUCCAGGGGAUGACGGGCACCCCGAUGGUGGCGGCCAGCCCGGAGCGACACGACGGUGGUCUGCAGGCCAACCCGGUGGAGGUGCAGAGUUACCAGCCGCCCUGGAAGGUCCUGAGCGACUUCGCGCUGCAGAGUGACAUAGACCAGCCUGCGUUCCAGCAACUGGUCAACUUCUCGGAGGGAGGUCCGGGGUCCAACUCAACAGGGAGCGAAGUGGCGUCCAUGUCAUCCCAGCUUCCAGACACGCCAAACAGCAUGGUCUCGAGCCCGCUAGAAGCGUAGGGCUGCAGGGCAGUUCGGCUGCCCCCUGACCUCUGUCUGAGGAAGAGGAGCGUAAGGGACGGGGAGAGACUCGAAGGACCCUCCGAGGUGUCCACUUCUUCUUCUUCUUCUUCUUCUUCACUUCAUUCGAAGACUGUGUACUUCUCCGACUGCACGAAACCUCUUUAUAGCGACGCAACCCCACCGGUUGUCAAUUUUUACACUGUGAAGACAAUCCUAGGAUUUACUACUCCGACCACAUGGCCAGCCCGCAGCGCGACGGUUUUUGCAGAGCAGCCUGCAGCGAGUUGCUGAGGAGAGGGAGCACACCGCCUGGUGUCUCGUGUCUGAUACAUGGAACCACGGAUUUUCCUUCGACCUGCAGGAUUGGUGCUGCUGCUGCAGCUGCAUUUGUCUGGUGAAAGUUUUGCCAAAAGAGAAGACAGAUGUCAACUCCGUCAGUAAAUUCAUAGGAAAAACAGGAAAAACAAUCGAACACACUUUGUUGUGUGUGUUCACGAUUUAACGUAAGUGGCACCAAUAUUCGAAAAGGCAAACAAAAAAGAGUUCUCCACGAGGAAGACUGAUUCGUUUUUUUCUAUUAUUAUUAUUAUUAUUAUUAUUAUUAUUGAAGAGCUCGACCAGAUAUGACUCUUGUAAUAGGUCUAAAUAUGUGAGGGAAUCCCAUUGCUUUUUCGCUCGAAUUGCAUCGUUUCCUUCAACGCCCCACUAAUAAAGCAUUGCAACAAGGUAUACCUCUAUUCUGCCACAGGCUUUGUGGGCAAUUCGUGUGUUAGUGUCCGUCCAAGGUUUUUUUCUUUCCCAAAGAUGUGUAUAGUUAUAAGUUAAAGACGAAUACUGAAAAUGCGUUUUUGUUUGUGCUUGUGCAGCAAAUUAUUUAUUAUUUAUUGUCGAAUUUACCACUUUUGUGUAAUUUUCUUAAUUGAAGUAAAACAGAAGAUUGUACUGCGGC